CUGAGCCAAGUCUUUUCCUGUUUCUGGUAAGCUGUGUUGUGUGCGUGUGUGAUUUGAUUUUAGCCUAAACACGUGUAAUUUUGUGUUGAAUUUUCAUCAAAAAUCAGCAAAAAAAAUGACUAAAGUAAGCCGUGAUACUCUUUACGAGUGUGUAAAUGCUUUGUUGGCCUAUUCACGAGGUGAUGAUGAUAGCGGUGGCAAGAAACGAAAAUUUCUUGAAACUGUUGAACUACAGAUUGGUUUGAAGAAUUAUGAUCCACAAAAAGACAAACGUUUCUCUGGUACUGUUAAACUUCGUAACAUACCACGACCAAAAUUCCGUGUAUGCGUUCUUGGUGACCAACAGCAUUGUGAUGAAGCUAAGGCCAAUGAAAUUCCUUGCCUGGAUGCUGAAGCAUUGAAAAAAAUGAACAAAAACAAAAAAUUGGUAAAAAAAUUGGCCAAACAAUAUGACGCUUUCUUGGCAUCGGAAUCGCUCAUCAAAUUGAUUCCACGUUUGCUUGGUCCCGGUUUGAAUAAGGCCGGUAAAUUUCCUACGCUUCUUUCUCAUAAUGAGAAUAUGUUGCAAAAAGUGGAUGAAGUGAAAGCUACUAUCAAAUUGCAAAUGAAAAAAGUUCUUUGUUUAGCCGUCGCUGUUGGCCAUGUCGAAAUGUCAUCCGAUGAAUUGGCACAAAACAUCAAUCUUACUAUCAACUUUUUGGUGUCAUUGUUGAAGAAAAAUUGGCAAAACAUUAAAUCGUUGCACAUAAAAUCGACUAUGGGCAAACCACAGCGUCUUUAUUAAUAUGUAUGGAUUUUAAUUACCAAAAUUUAUUUUUUUUUCGAUUCAAUAAAACUAUAAUUUAAACAAAAA